UCAGUGCCACAUCCACGUGGUUCUUCAACACCUCCUAAAUGCAGCUCUACUUUUUAGUUGAUGCCUUUUUUUUGGUUGUUUGUUUGGUGAUUGUUGUUGGGUUUUUUGUUUGUUUGUUUUUGGUAAGAAUUCUGUGUAAUCUGUGUUCAGUUGACUGUUCCUUUGCAAGCCAGUCCCUGUCCCUGAAGCAUGCUGCCAGUGGGAAAGGAGAGCUCGUGAGUGCUGUACUGGACAGAUUGGGGUUAGAGUAGGUGAAGCCUUAUCUUUUCAAGCAGUUUCUCAAUUGUCCCAGGUUUCCUCUGUUUUUAAGCUUUCUUCCUUUAAGUAGUUCUUAUUGUUGCUUUUUGUUGUUCGUAAGGAUCACUUCUUGCCAUGACCAUUUCCGAUUUCUUUGCUCUUAGAACGCUUUUAAGCAGGAGCUGUAAAGUACAUUUUCACAUACUUUGUGCUAGAGCAGUUGUAAUAUUGGCAUGUUAAUUCUGCUAUUUCAGCAUUUAUUUUUAACUGUGUUAACAUCUCAUUUUUAAGAACCUAGAACACAUUUCAAAACACCAUAGAAAUAACUCAAGAAAAGUGGGAUACCAGAUGCCAGUUUCUGAAUAUGAUGCACUGUUUUGUGAAAUGAAGGUUAGCAUAUAAUGCUGGUAAUUCUUUACUCUUACUUUAAAUUGACAAAAUCCAGACUAAUUUAUGGUUUAAUUUCUCCAGAAUUGUUUCAGUCUUCAUGUGAAGACUUCAAACUUUGAUUGGUGCUGCAUGCAGUACAAAAGCAUUCUUCUGUGAUUGUAUGAACUAAUGAUAGAAAUACAAGCUUUCCUAAACAAUUCUGUACAGCAAAUAUGCUCUGUAGCUCCUCCUUAGGUACUGAAAGGUUGCUCUCAGGUCACUUUAAAAUCUCCUCUUCUCCAGGCUGAACAGCCCCAGCUCUCAGCCUGUCAAAUGUGCUCAUCACAUUAGUGAUCAAUAGUGAUCUCUAAUUUGUAUCAAAUUAGAGAAGCAAAACCCCUGAUCUUCAUCCAGGUGUACUUAGGUUACUCUUUCAGACUUGAAAAAUGGUGCAUGAAGUUUUCCAGCUCUAGGACGCGUACUAAGAAGAUUUUUAAAUGUAUUUUUAAAUGUAGCUGAGUUUUAAGAUUGAGUGUUAUCUAAUUUCUGCCUCUCCAGGUGAAGAUGGAGCAGGUAAAACUAGCUUAAUAUGAAAAAUUCAAGGAAUCGAGGAAUACAAAAAAGGAAGAGGCAUGGAGUAUUUGUAUUUAAACGUGCAUGAUGAAGAUCAAGAUAUUUUCAUCUUCAGGUACUCUGUUCAAGAUCUUCAGUUAUGGCCAUUAAGCUGAAUUCUUCAAACUUCAGUGUCUCUGAGGGGCAAGGGCUCUCCACAAGCUGCAGUUGCUGGUGUGUAUGUGUGUGUGUGUGUGUGUGUGUGUUAAGCUGACUGAUUUAAACAUGUUUUUUAAUUUUCUUGACUUGUAUUUUACAUACCUUAUGAAAAUGUAAUAGUUAUUAUGAAGUGGAGUGUUGCAAGUGAAUCUCAAAAUGUUUUUUCUUUUGUUAUAGACCAAAUAAGAUGCAAUGUAUGGAUUUUGGAUGGUGACCUGUAUCACAAGGGUCUCCUUAAAUUUGCAAUGGAGUCAAACUCACUAAAGGGCACUCUAGUUAUGUUGGUAGUAGACAUGUCCAGGCCUUGGACUGCAAUGGAUUCUUUACAGAAAUGGGCAAGUGUUGUAAGAGAACACAUUGACAAGUUAAAAAUUCCUCCUGAAGAAAUGAAAGAAAUGGAACAAAAAUUGGUAAGAGACUUCCAGGAAUAUGUAGAACCAGGCGAGGAUUUUCCAGCUUCUCCACAGAGAAGAAGCACUUCAGUACAGGAAGACAAAGAUGGCAGUGUGAUUUUACCCCUGGGUGCAGAUACACUAACAUGUAACUUAGGCAUUCCAGUAGUAGUAGUUUGUACAAAGUGCGAUGCCAUCGGUGUUCUGCAAAAAGAGCAUGACUACAGAGACGAACACUUCGACUUCAUUCAGUCACAUAUCAGACGGUUUUGCUUACAGUGUAUCCUUGAACACAUCGUAAAGACGAUAAGGACUCAAAGCUUUGCAUUAAUUGUGACCAGCUUAAAAGAAUAUUUGCAUCUCUACCAAAACUGUGCACAACUCCUUCUUUGUUGCUGGACAUCUGCUUUGGUUAUUCCCUAUAUACAAUGCUGGGUUAAAUAUUUCCUCAUCCUGUUGAAUAAUUUUUUAAUUGAAUUGAUUGAAAGGAAUGGAAUUAAUUCAUUACAGAUAUGCAAGAGUCUGGCACGUUCCCUUACUUUGAAUUUCUUUCCUUGCCAUUUCCAUACUGAAGAAUCAGUUCCUAAAUCAGCAGAUCUUAACCAACAAGCUCCCUAAAAUUGAAAGAAGAUAAUUCAUUUUAGCAUGAAAUCAUUUCAGAUGCCCAUAUCUUUUUGACUGAGUAUGUGGUGUCUUCAGGGUUCAGUAAUCCAAAGUAAUCUCACAAAUCUCACUUCACAAUAAGUGAUCUAAACUUAUUAGAGAUCUUCCCCAAGUUAAGUAGAAGGACUCCCAAAAAGAACUAUGAUAGCGGAGAUCAUAAAAUAAAAAUAAUAU